GACGAGAGCAAUCCAUCACAAUUCGGUCUCCACUAAUCCUCGUCUCUCAUUCGCUGCGAUUAGGGGCCUCCUUGAUUUCGUCGUCAGGCACUUAUUGUCUGUUCUCGCUAUCUCGUUCUUGCCGAAGAUUAGGGUUUUCAUUCCUUUCUUUGGUUUCCCUUGUCGCAUUAAAUUGAGGGGUUGGAUCGAUUGCGGCUUUUGAGGGCCAGUUUUUGAUGCUUUACUUGCUUGUCUGAAGUUGGAGGAGCCGCUGUCGUGGGUUUGAACUGGGGUAGAAAUUUGAUGAAGAAGAAGUUCGAAUCGGGUGUUCUUUGGCAACUCGAGGGGUAGUAGGUAGCCUUGUGACUUUCUGGCAUAAAAGGAGUGGUCAUUAAUGGGUGCUCUGCAAGUCGGGGAAGUUACCAUCGCAAGAAGAAGCUAAAUUUAGGGCUUUAGUCCGACGAAGUGUUCCUUCAUCAUUUGCUUUUGUAACAGAACCGUCGCAGUAAAACAUGACAUGCUAUGCAUGAUUGAUCUUUAAAUCAGAAGUUGUGGGAGAAGUUUUGCGGGCAUUUUUUGUUCGAUAUCAAUUUCUGAAGGUUUUGACCUGAUGUUCUCUUCUAGAACCGACUGUACACACGAUACAGCUGGAAUUUCCGGUCAGGUGCUUAUUGCAACGAAGUUUGUCUGGCCCUAUGGUGGGAGAACGGUUUCCCUGAUUGGCUCUUUUACAGGGUGGACUGAUCGUUAUCCAAUGUUCCCUGCGGAGGAUUGUCCUAACAUAUUUCAAGCUGUCUACAGCUUAACACCAGGCAUUCAUCAGUAUAAGUUCUUUGUUGACGGUGAAUGGCGGCAUGAUGAUCAGCAACCUCAUGUGGUGGGAAAUUAUGGGAUAGUGAACACUCUUAUUCUCGCCCAAGAAUCUAAUCCUAUACUGACUGCCUUAGGCCUUGAGAAACCUAGUAACCGGAUAAACAUGGAUGUAGACAAUUGGAACUUCCGGCAUGUGGAGACAACUUUGAGGGUUCCAGAGGCUGAUAUUGGACUUUUUCGUGAUCAUAUUUUUGAACUUUUGUCCACCCAUACUGCUUAUGAAUUGCUUCCAGAUUCAGGAAAGGUCAUUGCUCUUGAUAGCAAUUUGCCAGUAAAACAAGCAUUUCAUAUCCUCUACGAGCAGGGAAUUCCUGUUGCUCCUUUAUUGGACACAUACAAGGGAGAAUUUGUUGGAGUACUCAGUCCAUUAGAUUUUAUAUUGAUUCUGAAAGCGCUCAGUAAUCAUGGUUCCAAUUUGGCGGAGGAAGAGCUUGAGAGCCAUACUAUUUCUGCUUGGAAAGAGGCAAAACAACACCUAAGCAGGCAAAUAGUUAUGCAUCAAAGACAAUCUCAGAGACAAUUAAUCCAUGCUGAGCCCUAUGAUUCAUUGAAAGAUGUUGCAUUGAAGAUAUUGCAAAAUCAGGUAGCAACAGUACCAAUUAUUUCAUCACGUGGGGAAUCAUUUCCACAUUUGCUUUAUCUUGCAUCCCUUUCAGAAAUAAUGAAAUGUAUCUGCAGGCAUUUUAGACAUUCUUCUGUUUCAUUGCCCAUUUUGCAACAAGCAAUAUGCACUAUUCCUGUGGGCACAUGGAUUCAACAAAUCGGUGAAUCAAAAGGGAAGCACUUGGCAAUGCUUAGACCAAAUGAAUCACUUAGCUCUGCCCUAGCACUGUUAGUGCAAGCUCAAGUUAGUUCAAUACCAAUAAUUGAUGAUCAUGACUGUUUACUGGAUGCAUACUCCAGAAGUGACAUUACAUCUUUGGCUAAAAACAAUGCUUAUGCACGAAUUCACCUGGAUGACAUGAGAAUUUACCAGCCACCAGUCAACCAUUAAUUAAAAAUCAAGCAAUCAAUAUCAGAGUUUGCCUUUUCGAGUAUCGGACCCGUUUCGACAAACUACUGGAACGGUACAUAUCGGUUUGUAUUGGUGUACCACCAUGGUACGCCGGUGCAUACCAGUGGCUCGGCGAUGAAGAAAAAGAAAGAAGUGGAAGGAGCAGUGGAGGAAUAGAGGGAGGAGGAAGGAAGAGGGAAGUGGAGGAAGAAGAAGAAAGAAGAGGAAAAGAACUGCAGCAGCGUUCCUGGGAAUUAGUGGCAGCGACAGCGAGGCGACGCCAUCUUAUGCGACAUCAAAGUGACAGCUGCAGCAAGGGGAAGCAGGGACGAUGAGCUGGCGACAUCUUACAUGACGGCGAAGCAAUAGUGAUAGUAUAGGAGAAGCAACGACAGCUAGGUGGUGGCAUCUUACAUGAUGGCGAAGUAGCAGUGGUAGUAGAGGCAAAGCGGUGACUAUGAGGCGGCGAUACCUUGCACGAUGUGUUCGCAAGCCCUUAUCUUUUUUUUUUUAUGCUGAUUUGGACAUAGGCCCCACCAUUUCUUUGAAUAUUUUAUUAAUUUAACUGGACCAUCUAGUACAAGGUUGUCCAUGUAUCGAUCCCUUGUUGGACCGGUAUGUGUUGCCCAUACUGAGCGAUAUACUGCAGCACGGCAAACCCUGAUCAACGUUACCUUUUGUUCUCUUUUUCCAUCCAUUGUUUCUAGCAUUUUUUCCUAUCAGUCUAGGAGAUCAAUUCUUAUAAAAUGGAACUCGACUAUGGGUUUCUCUAGUCUUAGCAACAAGUAACAACUCCACAAUCUGUUUUCUGAGGCUUAAAAAAAUCUCUGUAAAUCUAAUAUGUUAAUUCAGUUUGGUAAACUUUUAGUCAUGUGUAGUCUAGAAUUACAAGUUAUGAAUCUAACUUGUCACACAAAAGGACAUAUGAUAUAUUUACUUCAACACUUUACCAACUCUAAGAUGUUGGUAGUUCUAGUUAUCAAAGAUUACUUCAACACUUAUGCCUAGUUUCUUUAAUUAUGUUUUAUUACAAAUAACAACUGCCUGGCCUUCCCUUUUCUGGAUCUGAAGUGCUACAGUUGACCCCUUUAUUUGUAGUCUCUACUCUCUAGUCUCUACAAUAUAGCAUCUAUCUGGUCUCACUUGAUUGUUUAGUAAGAACAUAAAAGAUGAAUUAAUAUAUUGCUCCUGAAUGCCUAGGUCUAUGGCAAUCUAUUUUCCUUUCUGUCAUCCUCCUAUCUUCAUUUUGUAUCUCAAAUAUCUCUUGACUUGUUGAGAAGGCAAUCAUCUUAUUGCCUCAUGGGUGGAAGUUAUAGAAGUUUGAUGGAUCAUCGGAGUCCAUAAAUACCAUAGCUUCAGGUCAUGGCUUCCAUAAUUAGCUUCGUUUGGUUCGUGUGGGAUAUUUGGAAUUAGUCACAUCCAAUUCCGUUUCCCAGUUCUUUUGUUCUUCCUUUCUAUAAAUAUCAAUUUCAGUCCAUGUGAAUAUGUUAUGCUAUUGCCAUGUUGUUAAAUUGAACUAUCAUGUUAUGCGCUUAGAGUAGGUUAGAGUUAGUGGAUAAAUUAUGAAAAUUUUGUUUAGUCACCUAGGACUUACAGUUAUUUAUGGUCUUAAUGGCGGUAAAAAAUCCAUGUAACCAGUCUCAAAUAGUUGGAAUAUAUGAUAUUGUUAUUGUUGUUCAGUCACUUAGGCCUCUACUCAAUUCACUUUGAUGUAUACAUUCAAAGGUAAUCGUUUUUUUGUCUUUAAUUUCAGGCUUUGCAACUCAGACAAGAGUCAAAUUCUCAUUAUGGAUUCUACAAAGGGCAGAGAUGCCAAAUG